CCUUGGAGUCUUGGACGUUGAGGGAUUCUUCCGAGGAAUUAGGACGCUGAGAGGAUCCGGAUCCACCCCACCCUCCUUUUAUCAUCCUUCGAUCUCCACCCGUCGAGCAGUGUCUCUGUGUCUGGUUCUCUGUCGAAACCGCUGGGCGAGUCAGAGUGUCUGGUUCUCUGCUCUGAGCGUCUCCGUCCGUCCGUCGUUUGGGCUCAGUUUUGGUUCUCGCACUAUCGCCGUCGCCUCUCGAUGUCUCGCACUUAGCUCGCGAUCGAAGAGACGAAGACCUUCUUCCUUCUUUGGCCUUUGCUCCGUUCAGAAAUCAGAACUUCUCUCGUCUCCUCCCACGCCACACUUUGUUCAGACUUCAGAACUUUAGGCGCAGGAAGAACCACCGAUUCUUCCUCUCUGUAAAUUUCUACCGAAAGUUUUCUGGGCUUUGAUAAUCUUUAUCCACAUAUAUUUUCAUCUCCUCUGCCUACCACCUCCAGAGCUUCACGCUCUCCGAUGCUAGAAAUUUCGGUCCUCGUAAUUUGGAAAAUCUAGGGUUUCUGUUUCGGCAUUUCGCCUGCUAUGGACCUUCCCUUGCUGAGGAAGGGUUUAAAUUUCUCUCGCCGGAACAAGAAUUGGCUUAUUUUACUUGCUGUUUUUGGAGCCUCCGGUUAUGGAGCUUGCAGGGUCUAUCACUUGCCCUCUGUUUCGAGGAGGAGGAAACGGUUGAUGAAGCUCUUGGGAGCCUUAAUUUCUCUUGCUGAAAUGGUUUCCGAUUCUGCUGACACGAUUGCCAUUGUGUCCAGGGACAUGAAGGAGUACUUGAAUUCUGAUUCCGAUGAAAUUCCUAAUAGUUUGAAGCAAAUUUCCAAAAUUGCGAGAUCGGAGGAGUUCUCUGCAUCGUUGUCCAGGGUUACAGAGGCAUUGCUUGUUGGGAUGCUGCGUGGAUAUGACUCCCACAAGAGAAAUGAUCCUAACUCGGAGGUGGCUACGGCUAGUUCCAGCUUUUCGGAUAGGGUAUUGGAGAGGCUUUUCUCCAAGGCUGGAACUGGUUUCGUCUCUGUUGUCGUGGGUAGCUUUGCGAGGAAUUUGAUUUUGGGCUUUUACUCAAAUGGUGGAUCGAUCGAUAACUACAAUAAGGGGGCUUCGUCGAAGUCGUCGGAUGUCCCUGGAUUGGUUAAUGUGAUUUGCAAUGACAAAUGUAGACAGGUAAUGGGAGAUUGUGUACAAAUCUUCGUGAGCACCGCGGUUGCGGUUUUUCUUGACAAGACCAUGGAUGUCAACACUUAUGAUGAAUUUUUUACUGGACUGACCAAUUCGAAGCACCAGGACAAGGUCAGGGACAUUUUGGUUUCUCUGUGUAACGGUGCUGUAGAAACAUUCGUAAGAACGUCUCACGAAGUAUUGACAAAUCCAAGCGUAAAAUCAAAUCCACGUUCUUCCUCGUCUCCUGUCGUUCCAACCUCAACAGAAGAUGGAUGCUUGAAGCCUGAAGCAUAUUUUCAGCAAAUUAGAAUUGGAAGCUCUACGAGCGGAGUUCAGGAUAAUGGUUGGCUUGAACAGAUUUCAUCAACACUGUUAAUACCAGCGAACCGAAGAUUUGUGCUUGAUGUGACAGGAAGAGUGACAUUCGAAACGCUUAGAUCGUUCGUGGAGUUUCUAUUAUGGAGGAUAAGUGAUGGCAUGAAAAGAAGUCUGGGUAAAGUUCAUGAUGAGGCUGUUGGCAAAGGAUUGGCACUUGUCAGAUAUGUCGGCGCCAAAUCAUCCGUUAUUCUUACAAUGUGUCUUGCAAUGUAUUUACAUAUUCUUGGUGGUAGUAGGAUUGCCAUGUCAGCCUAGUUUGAUGGUUAUUUCAAACCCAUAAAAAAAAAAUAAAUAGUACUUUUAGAAUCUAGGGACAACAAGUAGAUGUUAAACGCCUAUAUUCUUUCCAAGCAUUUAAAAGUCUUGCAAUGUAUUUAGAUAUUCUUGGUGGUGGUAGGAUUGACAUGUCAGCCUAGUUUGAUGAUUA